AUGGAGGAGUUCCGGUGUGCUAAUGACCAACCUACGGGUAGUCAUGCCUCUCUGGGUGCAAGUUGCUGGAGCUGCCCUCCUUCAGGCACGAUCAAAAUCAACUUCGACGGGUCCUUCCACAUUGGGUCGACUGGGGGGGGUGUUGGGAUUGUCAUUAGGGAUGAAAAUGGGAGAUUUCUGGCAGCCCUUGCGAAGCGUGUGCUAUUUGCUAGUUCUGCGGAACAUGUUGAGUGCCUGGCGGCUCUUGAGGCUGUUCGGUUUUGGUGGAAGAUGGGGGGGCAGACGGUCAGGUUUGAGGGUGACUCGCUCAAUACUAUCCAGGAUGUUCUCUCUUCCGUGGUAAACUUGUCCCCCUUGGGGCAGCUUAUCGAAGAUAUUCAAUCUAGCUUGCGGGAUCACCGGAGGGAUUGCUUUAGUUUUGUUCGCCGUGAGGCCAAUGGUGUAGCUCAUUGUUUAGCUAAAUUUGCUGUUAACUGUUCGCACCCAUGUGAAUGGGUCGAGGUGCCCCCUGAUUUUAUUCAGGACGCCCUUGAUGUCGAUAGUUGUACUCGAGGUCAGGCUUUUCGCCCCCCUCGUCCUUCUGCUUUGUUUUUAUGA